AUCAGUUAACAUUUUACUUCGGCGUUGUGAAGUUUCUUGUGAUUAUUUAUUGACUCCAAGAUGCGUACGAUAAUAACUGUCGGCUUUUUGGCGAUGUUCCUGUGCCUUAUUCAGAUUAUUGAGGCUAAUUACAAGAAACCUCCAUUCAACGGGUCUAUUUUUGGAAAAAGGGCCAACAUUGAAUAUGACUCUACAGGAAAAGCACUUUCAGCGCUCUGUGAAAUUGCCUCAGAGACCUGUCAGGCGUGGUAUCAAGCUUUAGAAAACAAAUAAAUAUAUAGUUAGACAUAAAAUAAUAUCUACAAUUAUGUAUUCUAUAUAUACUUCACUUUUGUAUUGUUAAUUUAAUAUUAUC